GUGGCAUUUUCCUCUAGAGGCGCUUGCUUCCUAAAAACUCUCUCUCUCUCUCUCUUCUUCAGCUUCUCUUCUCUGCAAUGGCUGCUUCAAGUGGUUUCCAUAUCUCUUCCUCUCCUUUUCUCAGGCUUCGCUCUUCCUCCGUCGCAUACGCCGCUCAACCUCCGUUUCUCUCUCCUUGUAACGGUCGUUCACUAGCAGAAAGCUUCGGUCUCGCAACUGUAACUGUUUCGCGCCAAAACCUCUCGGUUUCUCCGCCGUCUGCGGUGGUGGAAGCUCGCAUUUCGGGGACAAUAGAUCCGAUGACGCCUCCGUAUAACGUCUUGAUCACUGGCUCGACCAAAGGUAUAGGACAUGCGUUAGCUAGAGAGUUUCUGAAAGCAGGAGACAACGUUGUCAUAUGUUCCAGAUCAGCGGAACGAGUUGAGUCUGUUGUUGAGAGUCUUAAGGAAGAAUAUGGGGAGCAUGUGUGGGGAACUAAGUGUGAUGUUAGAGAAGGGAAGGAUGUGAAGGAUCUUGUAGGUUAUUGUCAGAAGAAUCUUAAAUACAUUGACAUUUGGAUUAAUAAUGCUGGAUCUAAUGCAUAUAGCUUUAAACCUUUGUCUGAGGCCUCGGAUGAGGAUCUUAUUGAAGUUGUGAAAACAAACACUCUUGGGCUGAUGUUAUGUUGCCGAGAGGCAAUGAAUAUGAUGUUGACCCAAUCUCGGGGUGGUCAUAUCUUUAAUAUCGAUGGAGCUGGCUCAGAUGGGAGACCAACACCCAGGUUUGCUGCAUAUGGUGCAACAAAACGGAGUGUUGUUCACCUGACAAAGUCAUUACAAGCAGAGUUGCAGAUGCAAGAUGUCAAAAAUGUUGUGGUGCACAAUCUAUCGCCUGGAAUGGUCACAACUGAUCUACUCAUGUCCGGAGCUACAACUAAACAAGCCAAGUUCUUCAUUAAUGUUUUGGCAGAGCCAGCUGAAGUGGUUGCUGAGUAUCUUGUCCCGAACAUCAGAGCAAUACCAGCUAGCGGAUCUAUGAAGCCGACUUACAUCCGUUUCCUAACCGGAAUCAAAGCCUAUACCAAAAUAUUCUCAAGAGUUGCAUUGGGAGCAAGGAAGAAUAGAUACGUGACUGAAGAGUAGAUAUCGCAGUAGAUCAUCUCUAUAUUUCUUUGUUAACACUGAUCAUGUAUCAUCAAAACUAAUUAACAAAAUGUAAAUAAAUACCUCUACAUUUUGUUAUUCACCCUCUAAGACAAUUGUGGAAUAGCCAAUGUUGGCUGAGAGUGGUUUCUA